AGGCAGGGAGACGGUGGGGUGGAGUACAGGAAGCUGCUGUCCACGAAUAUCUGAACAUGGGCGACAUCUAAUAACGCCAUAAAUCUCAGCUUCUCUUUCUUUUUCCCCUCCUUCCUUUUUACGGACCAGAUUCUGCGGAGAUUUGCUGCUAUUUUUCUGGAUUGAUUCGGGAGAUUUAACGGCGAAAGGAAGAUGUCUCGGGGAGUGAUCCAGCCCAGCCAGCAGAAACUGGCAGAAAAGCUCACCAUCCUCAACGACAGAGGCAUCGGGAUGUUGACCCGUGUUUACAAUAUCAAAAAGCAAGGACAAGUUUGGAAGGCAUGUGGCGAUCCCAAGGCUAAGCCCUCGUAUCUUGUUGAUAAGAAUUUGGAGUCUGCGGUUAAAUUUAUUGUCAGGAAGUUUCCUGCUGUGGAGACACGCAAUAAUAACCUGGCUCAGCUGCAGAAGGAAAAGUCAGAGAUUCUGAAGAACCUGGCUCUCUACUAUUUUACCUUCGUAGAUGUCAUGGAAUUCAAGGACCACGUGUGUGAGCUGCUGAACACCAUUGACGUCUGCCAGGUCUUCUUUGAUAUCACGGUGAACUUUGACCUGACUAAGAACUACCUGGACCUGGUUGUGACUUACACUACUCUGAUGACAAUACUGUCCCGCAUAGAGGAGAGGAAAGCCAUCAUAGGACUGUACAACUACGCCCACGAGAUGACACAUGGAGCGAGUGACCGGGAGUACCCCAGGUUGGGCCAGAUGAUCGUGGAUUAUGAGAACCCUUUGAAGAAGAUGAUGGAGGAGUUUGUUCCACAUGGAAAGUCCCUGUCGGAUGCUUUGAUUAGUCUUCAGAUGGUGUAUCCCCGGAGGAAUCUGUCCGCUGACCAGUGGAGAAACGCCCAGCUGCUCUCCCUCAUCUCUGCUCCCUCCACCAUGCUCAAUCCUGCACAGUCCGACACUAUGCCAUGUGAAUACCUGUCACUGGACACAAUGGAGAAGUGGAUUGUUUUUGGCUUCAUUCUGUGUCACGCGGUGCUGAACAGCGACGCAGCAGCGUUGUCUUUGUGGAAGCUGGCUCUGCAGAGCUCCACCUGCCUCUGUUUGUUCAGGGACGAAGUCUUCCACAUCCACAAGGCUGCAGAGGAUCUGUUUGUGAACAUCCGAGGGUACAACAAACGCAUCAAUGACAUCAGAGAGUGCAAGGAACAGGCCCUCUCUCAUGCAGGCACAAUGCACAGAGAGAGACGCAAGUUUCUCCGAUCAGCUCUGAAGGAGUUGGCUACAGUUUUAGCCGAUCAGCCUGGACUACUGGGCCCCAAGGCGUUAUUUGUGUUCAUGGCGUUGUCAUUUGCCCGCGACGAGAUCAUCUGGCUGCUUCGACACGCCGACAACAUCCAGAAGAAAAGCACAGAUGACUUCAUAGACAAACACAUAGCAGAGUUGAUCUUCUACAUGGAGGAGCUCAGAGCUCACGUCAGGAAGUACGGCCCUGUGAUGCAGCGAUACUAUGUUCAGUACCUGUCCGGUUUUGAUGCUGUGGUGCUGAAUGAACUGGUGCAGAACCUGUCUGUGUGUCCAGAGGACGAGUCGAUUAUUAUGUCGUCAUUUGUCAACACUAUGACCUCUCUCAGUGUCAAACAAGUGGAGGAUGGAGAGGUGUUUGACUUCAGAGGCAUGAGACUGGACUGGUUCAGACUGCAGGCCUACACCAGCGUUUCUAAAGCCAGCCUCGGUAUAGCCGAUCACAAGGAGCUCGGUAAAAUGAUGAAUACAAUAAUUUUCCACACAAAGAUGGUGGACUCCCUGGUGGAGAUGCUGGUGGAGACGUCAGACCUGUCUAUUUUCUGUUUCUACAGCCGUGCGUUUGAAAAGAUGUUCCAGCAGUGCUUGGAGCUUCCUUCUCAGAGCCGACACUCCAUCUGCUUCCCUCUGCUCUGCACACACUUCAUGUCCUGUACUCAUGAGCUCUGUCCUGAGGAGCGUCACCACAUAGGGGAUCGAAGCCUGUCGUUGUGUAACAUGUUUCUGGAUGAGAUGGCCAAGCAGGCCAGAAACCUGAUCACUGAUAUCUGCACUGAACAAUGUACACUCAGCGACCAGCUGCUUCCUAAGCACUGUGCGAAAACCAUCAGCCAGGCCGUGAACAAGAAGAGCAAGAAGGCGACGGGGAAGAAGGGAGAGCCGGAGAGGGAGAAACCAGGAGUGGAGAGCAUGAGGAAGAACAGACUACUGGUCACCAAUCUGGAUAAACUCCACACAGCGUUAUCUGAACUCUGCUUCUCCAUCAACUAUGUUCCCAACCUGGCGGUGUGGGAGCACACAUUCACACCGAGGGAGUACCUCACCUCGCACCUGGAGAUCCGAUUUACCAAGUCUAUAGUGGGCAUGACUAUGUACAACCAGGCUACUCAGGAGAUUGCCAAGCCCAGCGAGCUUCUGACCAGCGUCCGGGCCUACAUGACGGUGCUUCAGUCUAUAGAGAACUACGUCACAAUCGACAUCACCCGGGUCUUCAACAACGUCCUCCUGCAGCAGACGCAGCACCUGGACAGCCACGGGGAACCCACCAUCACCAGUCUGUACACUAACUGGUACCUGGAGACGUUGCUCCGUCAGGUCAGCAAUGGACACAUCGCCUAUUUCCCCGCCAUGAAGGCCUUCGUCAACCUGCCCACAGAGAACGAACUGACUUUCAACGCUGAGGAAUACUCCGACAUCUCUGAGAUGCGUUCUCUGUCUGAGCUGUUGGGGCCGUACGGUAUGAAGUUCCUCAGUGAGAGUCUGAUGUGGCACAUCUCAUCGCAGGUCGCUGAGCUGAAGAAACUGGUGGUAGAAAACAUGGAGGUUUUGACCCAGAUGAGGACGAGCUUUGACAAACCGGAGCACAUGGCCGCCCUCUUCAAGAAACUCACCUCUGUAGACAGUGUGUUGAAGAGGAUGACUAUCAUUGGGGUCAUCUUGUCCUUCCGCUCUUUGGCUCAGGAGGCUCUGAGAGAUGUGUUAUCCUGUCAUAUUCCUUUCCUGGUCAGUUCAGUUGAGGAUUUCAAGGACCACAUUCCCAGAGAGACAGACAUGAAGGUGGCCAUGAAUGUCUACGAGCUGUCAUCGGCUGCAGGUUUACCCUGUGAGAUCGACCCGGCUCUGGUGGUGGCUCUGUCCUCACAAAAAAGCGAGAACAUCAGUCCAGAGGAGGAGUACAAGAUCGCCUGUCUGCUGAUGGUGUUUGUGGCAGUUUCCCUGCCAACACUGGCCAGCAACGUGAUGUCACAGUACAGCCCUGCCAUUGAAGGCCACUGUAACAACAUCCACUGCCUGGCCAAAGCCAUCAACCAGAUUGCUGCUGCUCUCUUCACCAUCCACAAGGGGAGCAUAGAGGACCGUCUGAAAGAGUUCCUGGCUCUGGCCUCGUCCAGCCUGUUGAAAAUCGGCCAGGAGACGGACAAGAUGACGACGCGUAACAGAGAGUCUGUCUACCUGCUGCUGGACAUGAUUGUGCAGGAGUCUCCCUUCCUGACCAUGGAUCUGCUGGAGUCCUGUUUCCCCUAUGUCCUGCUGCGAAACGCCUACCACGCUGUCUAUAAACAGAGCAUCAGUGCUAACGCAUAGACACACACUAAACACGCAGCGAAGGCCUACAAUCCUGUCUGCCAUCAGAGCGUCAGCGCUCGUAUAUAGAUGCAUACACAGCAACAAAUACACACUAACAGCAUACACUAAAUACAAACUAAACACACUAAACUAUGCCUACAAUGCCUCAGUGUACUAUUCAGACAAAAAAAUGUUGACACACUAAACGUGUUUUAUUUAAACCACUCCAAACACAAGAACAAAUAACACUAAACGGCAAAAGGACAUACAAAACACCUACAAUUCAGUGCACAAAGAUGUCGAAAUCUGACGAAAUUGGACAAAUAUGAACAUAAACACACUAGCUGGAUGAAGUUGGGGGAUCAGUGUCUUUACUUUAAUCAUUGUACUUUUUCAUGAUGUUGCCAGGGACCAUAACCACAGCAACACAUAAUAUACCAUAUGUUUGGUUGGUAUAAAAGAAGAAAAAUAUAAAUAUAUAGUAUAUAUAUAGUUGACACUAAAAUAUUAUUUUCUUUUGUUCCUUUUGUUUUUUCGAUGAAAGAUUUGAGAUUUUUAGUGGCCAGCUGACAUCUUCUAUGUGGUGAUGGGUUUGGAUGCUUACUUAGGGAAUGCAAAUGGUUCUGAUGUGAUGUGGGUUUUUGUUUUAUUUUUUUGCGGGUGAGGAUUCCUGUGUUGAUAAUGAAAGACAUGUUGCUUGUUAAUGUAAGUUUACACUUAUACACACACACACACUGACAGACAUCCUGAGCAGAUAUAAAACUACAACAUUUCACAGGUAACACAAACACACAAACACACACACACAGACAGACUUGUAUAACAUGGUGAUGUUUUGUUUUUUUUUCUUUUUCAAGCUAGUUGUAACAUGAACAUUUUGUGGGUAAAGAUAUAAUAUCUGUAUUCUACUUUGAUGUGAACUGAACUCGUCUGUUUUUAAUGUUUUUUUUUUUGUUAUUCUUACGAUGACGACAAUGAUUAUGACAAUUUGCCAAAUGUGUUGACACUAAAAAUUGUGUAUCAGGGCUUGGAAGUGGUGGAGUGUUUGGGUGUUUAUGGGUCAUUUUAAGUGUCGGGAUGGUUUGGACGAUAGACAUUCUGCCCCUGCGGGCCGAUCGCUAAACAUAAGUGGUGACACUAGAACUUUUACAGUGGGAACAAACUUUUAAAAAUACUGCAGUAGUACUACAGUAAAGGCGUGGAGCAGGCGCCCCAUGCUGCAGACAGAAACCUGGUACACCUGCAAAUAUUCCUCACAGCUGUCGUUAGUCAACUUUCCCAAUUAAGUAUUGGUUCAGUAGGUGCUACUCUUUUUCUCCAAUGAUGUAAAGUAGAAAUAAACAUGCCAGUGCAAAAUAUAAUUUAUAUGAUCUCUUGUUAAAUAAUUUCUUGCAGCUUCUGAAAAUACGAGGAAACUUUCAUCUUUAUCGAGGGAAAUUUAGCUUUUCUGUGUCUUAAUUUUUAGUCUUGUACUGCUGGCCACCGACAGGCCCUACUGAAGCAGCAGGGGGGAUAGUGCCUUGCUCAAAGGCACCUUACCCCAACAGCUGUUGAAGGUCUACCAUCAACAUGCAGUGGCUAGAUAAAUGUGUUAGUAGUAGCUUGUGACCAAUUCCUCCACAGAGAAAGUAAAUCUGAAUUGAUCUCAAAUCUGGAGCUGCAACAUAUGCACACACUUGGUGAUGUUAUUACUGGAUCUAUAAACUGGUCGAUGGGGCAUCCUCAAAUGAUCUUUCCAGAUGAGCGGAUAACGUUUUUGCAAUGGUUGUACGGGACCUUUUAAGAAAGACGGCCUCCAGCUAGACAGACGGAUGACUUUUACAAGGUGCAGUCUAAUUUAUUUUUGACAUUUUUCGGUCCUCAAUCAAGUCAUGGCAAGGGCUACAUAUUGAGACACAUACACAAACCAUGCUCCCUUUAUGCCAGCCCUCUGCUAAUGUAUAACUAACUCCAGGGCUCCAUCUGAAAGCUCAUACUGCGUACUACAGAGGACUGUUUAAAAGUUACAAUCCAGAAGCAAAGUGAAGUCACAUUUGCAGUACGUAGCAGGAAUACACUGAAAUGUAGUAAAUGACGUGUCUACACUUUACAGUAGAUUACAUGUACUAUUUCUACUGUAUAUUUCAGUCAGUAGUAUGCAUUAUAAGCAUGUGAGGACCGAUUCACAGACACAUUCUGCCAUUUGAUGUUGAAUGGUUGCUGUUUUCUUUCUAACCCCUUUUUUUUUGUCUCUGAUUCCACCAUGUAACUUAAAUGAUAUGAAUAAAAUAAAUUUUAGGGCUGUGUCAGACCUGAA